CGGCCACAGAAAAUCAGGUGGACCCCGCCGAUGCCCGUGGAAAGAACCGUUAUGGUCCAGUCCGACGCAUACUUAGCCGUGCAACUAUAAAUGGGCGGCUGUGAUCAUCAAGGCAUCGAUCCUCGAAAGUUCUCGAAUUCUAAACGAUCCCUUUGCGAUUAGUUCUCUCAGCCCCAAAUCUACUUCCCUCUCGAUCGUCCGUCGUUGAGGAGUGGAUGUGAUGAGCAAAUAAGAUAAGAUCCCAUUUUGAAAGAGAAAGGGUGAUCGGAGAAGCGCUGUGUCGUAUAUCGUACGAGAUUCACGAAAGAGCGCUGCGGAUUGAGGAUCUGGUAUGGUGAGCUGACAUUAUUUAUGAAGAGCUAUCGAAUCUUCUCCUGGAACAAUUAAUUGAUUUAUCAUAAUCUUCUCAGCACUAGUCACAGUUUUUGGAUUUAUUCAGGAGCUUUCAUUUGAAUGAUGACAUCUGCAGCAGUUGAUUUUUCUGGUUCGGAAAGCAGCGGGGAAGAUGAACCGCAGAAGCAAUCACUUUCUGAGACCGAAAAUCAAGCUUCGACAAAUGGGAGUUUUCAACCAGGCAUUGCAAUGCCCUCUACCGUUCAUUUUGUGCCGCACAGUCAGCUUGCAGCUGGGCAUAUCAUGGCACCAGUGGCCUACCCGUAUGUUGAUCCUUACUACGGUGGCAUCAUUGCUGCAUACAGUGGUCAACAUUUGAUGCAUCCAACCAUGACGGGAAUCAUGCAGCCUGGGGUGCCCUUGCCUACUGAUACUGUUGAAGAACCGGUUUAUGUGAAUGCCAAACAAUAUCAUGGCAUUCUGAGACGCCGCCAAUCCCGUGCAAAAGCUGAAUCGGAAAAUAAAUUGAUCAAAUCUCGAAAGCCAUAUAUUCACGAAUCCCGCCAUUUACAUGCCAUGAGAAGAGCCAGGGGAAAUGGCGGUAGAUUUCUUAAUUCGAAGGGCAAAGAUGAUCAAGAUCUUGAAGCUUCAUCUCAUGACAACUCUCAGCUCUGCAAUGCUCCAGCCUCUCAAAACCCAGCUUCAAGCUAGUCUCAGCUUAUGAUAGUUGCAGCAUAAAGCAGCAAGGGCUGUGACGCCAAAUAAACAAAAUAAGGAACCAUGUACAGUGUUUGCUCCAACUAUUUCUUAGAGAUCUGUAUCAGUCUUUAGAUAUAUAUAUAUAUAUCUCUAUAUACUAGGAAUCUACUAUUCAGUGUGUUCUUCUUAGGGAAUUAGAGCUGGUGUUCAGCAAUAUUUUCAUGACUUUGUAGUAAUAGGCGUGGUAACUUAGAAGUACACGCAGCAUAGUUUGUCUUUGCAAACCAUAUGAUUAGUAAUCAUUUCUCAAGAUAAUAAUAAUGGAAUUCCUUGGAAUAAAAAAUCUUUAUACAUA